AUGGCCUCUCCUAUAUCAGAUCUUACCAACAUCCAGGGAGACAUUCUCCUAAAUGGUCUUCCCAAGGAAGUCGAGGCCUUCUGGUUCUUCACCAUCCCAGACGGCCAAGCUUCCAGUUUCUCUUCCAAUCUUCGCAAAGUCGCUCAGCAAGAGAUCACCUCGACGGAAAAUGUCCAGAGCACCCGCAAGAACAUCCGGGACUUCAAAGCAAGCCUUGAUCCCAAUGCUCCCGCCCAGAAGCUGCCCACUGUUGGCGCCAACAUUUCAUUCACCUUCAGAGGAUUGAAGAAGAUCUCUCAAGUCGUCUCUGGUCUCAAUAUCCAAGACAACAUCACAGGCGAGAGCUCUUUCGAGCAGGGUAUGCGCAAUGGCGCUGUCAGCGGCCUGCAGGACCCCGUAAAGCAGGGAACGUCCGAUCCUGACUGGGAUGCGGUUUGGCUGAACAAUCAGCUCGAUGGCGUCUUGCUAGUAGCUGGCAACACCCCAGAGCUAGUUCAAGACAAAUUGGAUCGUAUCAAGAAGCUCUUCGGCACGUCUGCCAAGCUUGCCUUCAGGGUCGACGGCAAGGUGCGACCAGGCGCUCAGAAGGGCAAUGAGCACUUCGGCUACAAGGACGGAAUCUCACAGCCAGUCGUCGGCGGCCUGCCCGGUCUUACCAAGGAGGAAUCAUUCGUUCCGCCAGGCCAAGAUACGAUUCAACAAGGCACCAUUCUCUGCGGUCGUCCAGGCGACUUAUCCGCACCGGACCGGCCAGCCUGGAUGGUCGACGGCAGCUUCUUGGUAUUCCGCAAGUUGAAGCAGAACGUUCAGGAUUGGAACAAGUUCCUUGUCGAUUCUUCCAACACUCUCGGCACUUGGUCUGAUCAGCUUGGUGCUCGUUUGAUCGGGCGCUGGAAGUCUGGAUGCCCCGUCAAUCUUUCGCCGGAUUUUGACGACAAGGCGAUUGGUAAUGAUCCCAUGCGAAACAAUCAAUUUGAGUUCGAUCCACCCGGCCUCAAUCAGGGCAACUUUGAGAUCAAGGCUGGCAUGAGGAUGGUCUGCCCGAUCGGCGCCCAUAUCCGCAAAACCAAUCCACGAGGCGACCAACCCCCCUCCGGCCGCCCCAGCGUCAACGCCCACCGCAUCCUCCGCCGAGGUAUCCCCUAUGGUCCUGAAAUCAGCGAGGAUCCCAACGCCGAACGAGGCCUCCUCUUCGCCUGCUAUCAAAGCUCGCUCGACAACGGCUUCGACUUCAUCCAGCAAGCGUGGGCCAACAACCCCUUCUUCCGCUUUAACGGCGGAGGCGUCGAUGCUGUCAUGGGCCAGAGGAAUGAUCAGGACUCUGUGGGCAUGAAGGGAUUGUUCCCUCAAGACGCGAACCGGGAGCUCCAGCUGCCAGCGAAGAAUCGGUUCGUGGUGCCGAGAGGAGGGGAGUAUUUCUUCUCGCCGUCGCUUGGAGCUCUGACGGGGGUUUUAUCGAAUGUUGUUGCGCCGGCUUCAGGGGGUGGGCAGGUUCCUUUGGGACAUUGA